AUGAGCCGGUUCCUUGAGAGCGAAGGUAGUUCAACUGCUAGUAGUAUAGAUAACUCAGAAGACGACAACAAGUCAGGUACCGUUCAAGACAGACUAAAUUUUCUGAGCAGGAGACUAGGACAAUUGGGACUAGAAAAGGACGAGGACGAAAAUGUCGAAAACCCCAAGUCGACCACCGAGUGGACGGAACCUAGGCCAGAUGAGUUGCGGAGGGAGGAGGAGGCGAAGGAAACUAGUACUAAGCCGACGGAACAACGCGUGAAGAUGCCGAGUGAUGAUAAAAUUCUGAUAAGAUUUCAAGCCAUUGGUAUGAUCGAACAAUUGAAUCCCAAUAGUGCCAAAAUAACUGCUAAACAACCGUUUUCGGUGGUUGUGACUUUUUUGCAAAAACGACUUCGCGUCGCAAAUGUUCAUUGUUACGUCAAUAACUCGUUUACACCAGCUCCGCAGCAGAUCGUGGGCGAUUUGUGGAAUAUGUUCAAAGUUCAAAACGAGCUCAUCAUCAGCUAUUGCAGCUCCGUAGCCUUUGGAUAG